AGCAUCAAGGAAAGGAGAAAGAAGCACUCAGUCGUGCCUUCCUUGAAUUCUCAGUCCCCACCCGUGGGAUCAUCUCCCCCCACAAAGCGCAGGAUUUCCCAUUCCCAACCCCUGGGAGGCUGUGAGGAAGAGGAAGAUGCCCCAGGACACUGAUGCAGAGCAGGAGCUGAGCAUGGAGAGCAGGGAGGACAAAUGCCCGCGGCAGAACCUGGUGGCAGAGGCCGUUUUGAGCGGCUCCACAGCGCAGGAAUCCAACGGGGAGGAAAAGCCCUGGAGAUGCCGCACGAGGAGGGGCUGCAAACGCAGCUGGCGGGGAUCUGAGGGGGAAAGAGCCAACCUGGGCCAGGAAGGCGGCCAGAGAUGGAGCCAGAGCUCGGAGCUGGUGCUCCAUGAGCAGCUCCAUGAUGGGGAGAAGCCCCAGAAACGUGUGCAGUGUGGGAAGAGGUUCCGGAGGAGCUCCAACCUGAUCAAGCACCAGAGGACCCACACUGGAGAACGGCCCUACGAUUGUGAUGAAUGCAGGAGAAGAUUUAAGACCAGCUCCCAUCUCCUCCAGCACCAGCGCACGCACAUGGAGGAGAUGCCCUUCCGCUGCCCCGACUGUGGGAAGGGAUUCAGGCACAAGUCCCAUCUUGUCAUGCACCAACAAAUCCAUACUGGGGAGAGGCCCCAUAAGUGUGAGGAAUGUGGGAAGAGCUUCAGCCGGAGCUCCAGCGUGAUCCAGCACCAGGUAAUCCACACCGGGGAGAGGCCCUAUGAGUGUGAGGAAUGUGGGAAGAGCUUCAGCUUGAGAUCCCAGCUGAUGAGGCACCAGGUGGUCCACACUGGGGAGAGGCCCUACGAGUGUGAGGAAUGUGGGAAGAGCUUCAGCUGGAGCUCCACCCUGAUCAGGCACCAGAGGACCCACACUGGGGAACGGCACUACGAGUGCGAUCAGUGCAGGAAGAGAUUUAAGUCCAGCUCCCAUCUCCUCAAGCACCAGCGCACGCACACAGAGGAGAGGCCCUUCUGCUGCCCCGACUGUGGGCAGGGCUUCAGGCACAAUUCUCAUCUUGUCAUGCACCGACAAAUCCAUACUGGGGAGAGGCCCCACGAGUGUGAGGAAUGUGGGAAGAGCUUCAGUCGGAGCUCAACCCUGAUCAGGCACCAGAGGACCCACACUGGGGAACGGCCCUACGAGUGUGGGGAGUGUGGGAAGAGGUUCAGACAGAGCGCCAACCUGAUUCAGCACCGGAACAUCCACACUGGAAAACGGUCGCACAGGUGUGGGAAAUGUGGAAAGAGCUUCAGGCAGCAUUCCUACCUGAUCCGCCACCAAAAGAUCCACACAGGGGAGAGGCCCUACGAGUGUGAUAAAUGCAGGAAGAGGUUUAAGACCAGCUCCUAUCUCCUCCGGCACUAUCACAUUCACAGAGAGGAGAGGCCCUUCCAAUGCCCCGACUGCGGGAAGGGAUUCAAGCACAACUGCACCCUCAUCACCCACCGGCGCAUCCACACUGGGGAGAGGCCCUACGAGUGUGAGGAGUGUGGGAAGAGCUUCUCACAGCGCUCUCACUUGAACAAGCACCAACGGAGCUACCGGUAAGGGAAGCCCUGCGAGUGCCCCGAGUGCGGGAGGAGCUUCGUGCGCUGCUCCAGCUCCAUCCCCCACUGGAGGAGGCACUUUGGGCACAGCCCUGGUCACUCACAUUCCUGUGAUCCAUGUUGGGAACACGCCUGGCUGCUUCUCCUUUACGUUUGGCCUGAAUUUUCUUCUGCUUCAUCUUCAUCUCUUAAAAGCAGCCAAACAGGGUUAAAUGAAUGAAAUUGAUCAAAGAUGUCCAAAGUCCCUCCAUUAAUCAGGAGUUUGAGGGGGAAUUUAGGACUUGGGGACACAUUCUGUGUGGAGUGGCUCUGUGUCUAAGAGGCAGGAAUUUGAUUUCACCCUACUUGUGUUGCUAAGAACUCCUCUCUUGACCCAAACCCCAACUCCAGCCCUGGGAUACCCUAUAAAAACCCCAUGGCUCUGCCUUUGCCCUGUCUGUCAGGGGUCAGAAAUGGAUUCUGGAGCUUUCUCAAACCAAAACCCAACUUGUUUGUUCCCGACAUCAGCAGCUGCAGCCUCCCUGGAUACCAUGAACUCUGGAGAAUGGGGGCAGCCAGUGAGGACAGGUCCUCGAUUGCAAGAUAAGUGUGUGUUCUGUUUGCCAUCUGUCAGAGGUGGGGCAGUUAUCUUCUGUUCAUUGGGCAGUUUAUCUCUUCCACAACCAAUCCUCCCUCCAGGAGAUAUCUUCUGAUAAUGGACUGGCCAUUAAUUAUUAAUUAUCUGCUGUUAAUGGGCCAUUGAGUGUCCCUGCAUGGCUGAUAAAAUGACAUCCUGCCAUUAGGUGAUGCUCCGCCCAGGAGGAGGAGCCACGCAUUCCUGGAUAGAAUCUGAGGUUUGGAACACCACAGCAGCCUUUUCCCACUGCAUUCUCAGAGGAUCAGCCUUUUCCCACUGCAUUCCCAGAGGAGCAGCUGUCUUCUCCACUGGAUUCCCAGAGGACGGAAGAUUCCCCAGCCCAUCUGCAGCAGCCCGGACCUUCAGAGGAAAACUCCACCCUUCUCCAGGCUCCCUGCUCCAACAGAACCACACCUGGCACUGCAGGAGGGCUGCAGCCACCAUUGACUGGGACUGCUGCCAAUACCCUGACCCACAAGGUGUCAGGUACUGUUCUGACUCUGUCAGUGGUUUUGUUUGUUUGUACUACAGCAAUUGUAUUUUUAAUUUUUCCUUAUAAAACCUGUUAUUCCUAUUCCCA